UAGCCUGCCGGCCUGGUUCAACUGUGCACAGCGACUGUGGCGGCGCUUGUGGCGGCUGCUGUUACUACCCGAGCCCGGACUGAGUGAGAAGCAGCAGAAGAGCAUCCCGGCGUACGGGUGCCAGGCGGCGUGGCCCGCGGGUCAUGGCCAAAGGAGAGGGCGCCGAGAGCGGCUCCGCAGCGGGGCUGCUGCCUGCAAGCAUCCUCCAAACGGGUGAACGCCAAGCUCAGGUGAAGAAGGAACCAAAGAAGAAACAACAGUUGUCCAUUUGCAACAAGCUUUGCUAUGCAGUUGGAGGGGCCCCCUACCAGGUGACAGGCUGUGCCCUGGGGUUCUUCCUGCAGAUCUACCUGUUGGAUGUGGCUCAGGUGGACCCAUUUUCUGCCUCCAUCAUCCUAUUUGUGGGCCGAGCUUGGGAUGCCUUCACAGACCCCCUGGUGGGCUUCUUCAUUAGCAAAUCCUCCUGGACCAGACUGGGCCGUCUUAUGCCCUGGAUCAUCUUCUCUACACCCCUGGCCAUUGUUGCCUACUUCCUCAUCUGGUUCGUGCCUGACUUCUCACCAGGCCAGGUCCUAUGGUACCUGCUUUUCUAUUGCCUGUUUGAGACCCUGGUCACGUGUUUCCACGUUCCCUACUCGGCUCUCACUAUGUUCAUCAGCACAGAACAGAGUGAACGGGAUUCGGCCACCGCCUACCGGAUGACUGUGGAGGUCCUGGGCACAGUUCUGGGCACAGCGAUCCAAGGGCAAAUCGUUGGCCAGGCAGACACGCCUUGUCUUCAGGACCCCAACGGCUCGGCACUGGCUGCAGAAGAUUCCAACCGCACACACGGCAGCACCUCGCUCAGAGAGACGAAAAAUGCAUACAUGCUGGCGGCAGGGGUCAUCGCCUCCAUCUAUGUCAUCUGUGCCGUCAUCCUGGUCCUGGGCGUGAGGGAGCAGAGAGAACCCUGUGAGACUCAGCAGGCCAAGCAGAUACCCUUCUUUCGGGGCCUCCGGCUGGUCAUGAGCCAUGGCCCAUAUGUCAAGGUCAUUGCCGCCUUUCUCUUCACCUCCCUGGCUUUCAUGCUGGUGGAGGGUAACUUUGCCUUGUUUUGUACCUACACCUUGGGCUUCCGCAACGAAUUCCAGAACCUGCUCCUGGCCAUCAUGCUCUCAGCCACAUUCACCAUUCCCAUCUGGCAGUGGUUUCUAACCCGGUUUGGCAAGAAGACAGCUGUAUACAUUGGGAUCUCAUCAGCAGUGCCGUUUCUCAUUCUGGUGGCCGUCAACAAGAGUAACCUGAUUGUUACAUAUGUGGUAGCUGUGGCCGCUGGAGUCAGUGUAGCAGCUGCUUUCUUACUACCCUGGUCCAUGCUGCCCGACGUCAUCGACGACUUCCACUUGAAGCAUCCCGAAGCCCAUGGGACUGAGCCCAUCUUCUUCUCCUUCUAUGUCUUCUUCACCAAAUUCGCCUCUGGAGUCUCACUGGGCAUCUCUACCCUCAGCCUUGACUUUGCAGGGUACCAGACCGGUGGCUGCUUCCAGCCGGCACCUGUUAGGUUUACACUGAAGAUGCUGGUGACGAUGGCCCCCAUAGCCCUCAUCCUGCUAGGCCUGCUGCUCUUCAAGCUAUACCCCAUUGACGAGGAGAAGCGGCGGCAGAACAAGAAGGCCCUGCAGGCUCUGAGGGAAGAGGCCAGCAGCUCCGGCUGCUCUGACACAGACUCUACAGAACUGGCCAGCAUCCUCUAGGACUUGCCGUGUUGCCUGAAGUCGCCAAGCACAGAGCCCGAGUCACCAGGCCACGGGAGAAAUCUGAGUCUGCCUGCCUGCUCACUCGACAGCUGGUCUCCAAGUGCCAGAAAGGGAGCCAGAAUGAGAGUAUUCAGUCUGGGACAUCUCCUAUUCCCACCUGGGGGCAGGCUAUCCACAUGGCCGCCUGCUUCCCUCCUCCUGCCCACGGGGCCAAGCCCUGGGGCUGCUACUGUGAAUAUGCCAAGGACUGAUGGGGCCUAGCCCUGAACACUAAUGUAGAAACAUUUUAUACAGAGACUAAUUAAUAACUUAAUGACUGUGUACAUAGCAAAGUAUGUGUGUGUGUAUAUGUCUGUGAGCUAUUAAUGUUAUUAAUUUUCAUAAAAGCUGGAAAACAGA